GAUAGAGAUAUAUAGAUAAAUAAAUACAAGUAUCUUUAUGAAUAGGGCCAUUCUGAUUCACACUUCUCACCAGUAGGUGGCGGUAAUGCACAUCGAAAAGUUGCUUGCCAACCUCCAUACGCAACAAGACAAGACAAGAGGGCGCUGAUAAACUAUGCUAGGUGUUCAUUCUACCGAAGAAGAAGUCGGCUUUCCACAGUCAUGUAAUCAUAGCAUGCCGAAGGUUAUUAUUUUAGCAGUGUAAAAUAUUUGGCCGGAGUUUGAGUGGUAGCCUUUAUGGUCGGGUGUUUUAGGAUGAGCGCCCCCUGUUGGUUCCUCUGUUCUGCUGCUGUCAGCUCUCCGCUGUGGAGGCGGCUGCUGGCCCCCGGAUCUGCUAAUAGAAGAAACAUGUCCUCCAAAAGACAAAUGGACCACUUGCAGAGGACGGCGAGCAACUACAGACAAAAUGCGCUGUACCCAGCUCAAGUCUGUGGAAUCAUAAACGAUUCGGAAACGGUGAAAAGACUGAGGUUAGCCGUCCACCCGGACUUCAGCUUCAAAGCAGGACAGUGGGUAGAUUUCUUCAUCCCUGGUCUGGAGACAGUGGGAGGUUUCUCCAUGUGCUCCAACCCGGGUUUGUUGCAGAGGGAGGGGAUCGUUGAACUGGCGGUCAAGUACACGACGCACCCCCCAGCACACUGGGUCCACACUGUGUGCGCAGUGGGCUCUCGUGUGGCCAUGCGUGUGGGCGGGGACUUCUACUUUGACCCGCAGCCUUCAGAUCCGUCUGUGGACUUGCUGCUGGUUGCCGGGGGCGUCGGAAUCAAUCCCCUGUACUCUAUUCUUUUGCACACUUCAGAUCUGCUGCGUCUCAAUCAAUCCUCCGGUGGCCGGGACUACAGCAUCGGCUCCGCCCACCUCUGCUACAGCGCUAAGAACACACAGGAGCUGCUCUUCAAGACUUCCAUCAUUGAGAAAUGUGGACAGUUUCCUGACAAGUUCUCCUGCAACUUUCACGUCACGCAGCAGAGGGCAGAAGUGGAGCCGCACCUUCAGCCCUUUGUCAAAAGUGGGAGAAUCACGGAGGAGGAGUUGCAGGCAAAUGUGGACCCACAAAGGACUUUGUGUUACUUAUGCGGACCCCCGCCGAUGAUAGAGGCCGUUUCACAAACCCUGAUGCACCUCGGCCUCCCUAAGGACAGGAUUGUGUUUGAGAAGUGGUGGUAGGACUUCCAGGUCACUUCCAGGGCUUUUUCUUAUGGCUUUAGGUUGUCUUCAGAGGGAGGAUGUAUGAGGGGGAAAUAAAGAGCAACCUGAAAUGCAUCUGCCUUUCAUGUGAAGGUAAAUCGAUCUUCUCUCCCCCGCUGUGGCUGUUCGUUUUAUGAUCCCACUCCUGAACGAUGGACUGAAUCAAAGACUGGAGAUGGACUUUGUUUCCUGAAGCAGAACCAGCAAAACAUCUGCAACCUAAAUGCAAAGUUGUACAGAUUUCUAGCAAAAAGUUUUGUUUUUUUUUAAAUUAAAAGAAAUAAGUGUGAGAUUUCCAUCAGUAUUUAUACUCUGCAGCCAUGAUUAUACAGACUGGUUCGACUGCAUCUUUCUGUUUCACUUUAUACUGAAAUAUGUUUGAGAUUCCCAGAUUUCCUAGCUUUGAUGGGCUGAAGCUUCUCAGUCAAUCUCAGUUUUCCUUAGUUAUUUACAGAGCUGAACAUCUGUUUUAUAGCCUUAUAACUGUGAGGAAUCAGUUUUGUCUGUUCCAAAGAAAGUAAAAAAAAAAAAACCCACUGGAUUUGGUUUCCAAGAUUGAAGACGAUUUGCUUCCCACCCAGGAAACUUUUUCAAUUCAAAAUGUCAGGAGGUUUUAUAUAGUAGCCCAACAAAACCUUGUUUUUGUUUUGAAAACAUGCAAAUUGAAACAGACGAACAGGUCCAACCUUUUGGAAUGAGGGUUGUUUGGCUUAUUUUGUUAGCCUGCAGUGCCCCAUACCCGUCUUAAGGCUGGUUUAUGCUCAGAAACCAAGUCGUCUGCAGACGCAGAUAUGCCCCCACACUUUCCGCAGACACUCUGGUGCACCUCUCGAAAAUUGUAGGAGACCGCAGACAGGAGGGCUCAGAUUGGUCAAAUCUACAUCCGCUCUAAACUAUACGUAUUUCCUGUCUGAUACCUUACAGGCUUGUUUUGUUUGUAUGACCGCCAUUGUGGAAAACGACUCGUGAAGUUGGAGCAGCUAGAACAGCGAGGUGUGUGAGAACGCAGGGACCCUUUUUCCACCUGGAUCCCCGCUCUAUUUCGUCCUCAUGUCCCUCUAUUGUUGCACAAACUUGCCCUCAACGCCUCAGCCG